UCCAAAACCUCACAUUCCUCCAAGCAAGGCUAGUCGCAUACAUCGGCGCAUCCGCCUGAAAAGCAUCUCGAAAACACCACGCGCAUUCACUACACCAACCACUCCACUCUCAUCUCUCCUCUUAAAUCAUCUUCUGUUAUUCAUCCUCACUCGUCAAGUUCUAGUUCGUAUCUCGCGCCCAACAAUGGGUCUUCCUAUCUGGUACGCCCCUACGCCAUCUGCCGCCAACAAUGCCACGAAAGACUACGAACCUCUCAGCGCGGCGGCGCAUGCACGCUCCGCGAUUCGGAGGCACCAGCAUCGUUCACCUCAAUCUCGUCGCGUAGCAGCGCUCACACGCAUAGGCGAACGCAUGAAUGAGCAGACCACAGCAAGUGAGGCCAGGAGAGCGACAGAAAUAACACGCGACGCGAACGACGAUGACAGGAGGCGAGACGGUAUGAUAUUUGGUGGCGAAAGCAGUCAUCCAUUUCCACUGUCGGCAUUUCCUGCUCCUGAACUCGAGCCUGAACCCCGUAAUCGCAACUCCAGGCGCGAACAUGUAGCGCGCAGCAGAAGCCGCAGUCCAGACCGUCCACGACACUUUAAUCACGAUGACAUCCAUCGGCAGGAACAUCAAGACCCACGUUCUGUUAGGACUCGUACAAUUACCAGACUAAGGGGUGUGGAACGUCUACUCCCAACUGCCACUGAUCAGCUGCGAGACCAGUUCACGUUUGACUUUGCUCCGGCGCACCCUCGUUCUCUUUCGAGACCUUCGUACACGUCAGACUCCGAAUCACCCAUUGACCCUGAGCUUCGUCGACGAAGGAAUCGUGUUAGGUCGUCUGAUGCAUCUUUUCGUCGACGCGGCAAUAACACGGACGGUCUCGGCGAUCGAUUGCGUAGCCUUACACCGGAUCUGGACUGGGAUCCUAUGUUAAGUACAAUUCAGCCCGAUCAACAGCUUCCCAGCGCCGAUUCAUCUUUUACAACUGCAGCCGCCUCGGCUUCGUUCUCAAACACCCAGGCUAGUUCGCGUUCUGGCAGCGCAAACUCCCAAACAUCGUCCUCUAGGACACACUUGACAGUCCCGACACCGCGCAACGAGCUGGAUUCCUUGCUCAACGAAUGCCUGAGUUCUGACGGGCCGAGCGGAUCAGAUUCGGAAGCAUCUGUAUUCCCAACGCACUCUGGACCUCCAAUGCCAUUACUAGAGAUUGAGAACACCCACAGUUCUCGAAUGCGACGUCAUGAAGAGAGAUACUCCAACAGAGCGAUGAGUAAUGAGAAUUCGGAGGAUUGGGUCUCGCGACGAGCCCAAUCUCACGGACUGGGGAAUGCUGGCAUUAUUACCUAUCACACGGAUCCACGACGAACUCUCAGGGCUAUGAGACUAGUCAGGGGGGAUCGUGCACUUCCCAAUACUGUUCAUGGCACUCGAUCCCCACAAGCAGAGGGCGGUAGCAGUGACCAGGACGCAGAUACAGCGGCAGCCGCAGCGCAUUUACGGGACCCUGAGCUGGAGCAGAUGCGCCCGAUCCUAGGAAGACUGGCCCGUCGAGAUGAUAUCCCAGAUGAGUACUGGUUGUCUGUAGGCCUUACGCCAGUCAUGGCAGAGAGGGUUAAUCGGACUGAACGUGGUAACAACCGGCCGGACGUAUAGGUGUCCAGACUGCUGGAAACUUCAGCUGACAUGGCUGGUGGCUUCAUGAGCAUAUGAUCUUUGGGGUGGUUUGUUUUGUUGCAACUUUUUCCUUUGUGGGCCUUUCUGUGCCACGGUAUUGCAUCGGUUAUUGGAGUUAUCCAUGAGACGGAUCUCAUGCAGAGUUGGAAACAUCAAAAGUCACGGACUCGGACUAAAUGCGUAUUCUGAGAUUUUAAGUAGAUGUGUGUUAUUAAAGCGGCAGGAAAUGGACACUCAAUUGAUGCGGUUGUUGGGCCAAUACAAUGAAUUAUAAGCCCG